AUGCACGUUACGUUUAACUUCCGCUUUCCCAACAGGCAAAAGCAGAAGGAGCCAUGCGAGGUGUUGGCGAGUGUUGUUGUGCCGGCCCCGGCGCAGCGGCCCAAGGCGGUGUUGAACUUCCUUUUCAUGUGCACCGGCGAGCUGCCGUCUGGCGCGGCGCUGGACAGCUGCGGCGUGGCGCCGGGUGAACUCGCGGCGCUCGCAACGGGCGGGGAGCUGCAGACCACGGGACUGAAGCCCUUCGCCGAGAGCGCCGUGGUGCGCAUCGAGAGGGGUGUCAUGAUGGAGAUCGGCAGUAGCACGACGAAGACCAUCUUUGGCGGCUUCACUGCGGACGAGCCGCCACUGGGCACCACCACGCCCCACUUCUCCUCCUCUGCCGCCGCCGCCGCCGCCGGCAUGCAGCAGCUUCGCGCGGGGACGCUACUGCUCGGCAACGUUGGGAUGGCAAACACAAACGGCAGUCGCUACUACAUUCUGCUGCACGACGUCGUCAGCGAGGCGGAGCGCGAGGAGUUACGCGCGUACCAGCCGCUUGGCAUGGUCACAGCAGGGUUAGAGGCCCUCUGCGAGGCGUGCGCCUCCGCCGCGGUGCAGCCGCGCACACUUGCGCCCCUGCAGGCCGUGAAGAUGUGGGUGUCGGAAGUGCGCUUCCCGCCCCCGGCACCCGCCGCACCGCGGGGACGGGGGGAGGGCAGAGAAAGCGUCGUGGCCCCACGCACGGCGGGUCGUACGCGCCGGCGCGAGGAGGUGGAACUGGAGGAGCAGGGCGAGGCGAGCGCGAUAGGCGCAGAGGGCGGCGGGGGCCUCACCACUGCGGCGCACGGUGGCUUCUUCAACCCCGCGCUCAGCUUCCCGGCGGCGUCCGCUGAGCGGGAUGAGGACCGCGGCGGACCGCAGGCGAAGCGCAGGCGCACCGAGCGCUACGUGACCGCCGCCGAUGGAACGACGGCACUGCGCACAACGGCGGUGGCGCAGGCGGCGGGUGCGCCGUUUGACUACUUCGCCGCGCAGGAGCCAGCGUUCCUCAACGACGUCGAGGCCAUCGCCGCAGCACAGGCGGCACGGCAACACCGCCGCGGCAAACAGCAGCAGCAACACCAGAAGAGGGAGAGGCCGGUGGGAAAAGGUGGGCUGAGUCAAUCACUGGACACGAGUAAACGCACGAAGGGAGCGCCAAAUGCGUCGGCGGCGAAGAAGAAGAAGACUCUGCCGCGGCGAUACUAA